GUGUUUUUAUUACAAUUAGAAAUUCAGAAACACUAAGUUAAUCACAUUCAAACUCAAAAUCUCUCGUUACUCAAGUAAUCGUUCUCUCUCUGCACUCUAUGGAUUCUCCCGAGUCGAAGCUCAUAUCACUUGCUACUCAGCUCAUCUCUCUAGACAACUCUUCGGAUUUGGAGCUCGUAUCAUGUACUAUUAUUCAAAUAAUAUCUCUCGUUAGCUCAAUGGAUUUGGAUUCGCAGCCGAAGCCCGAGACGAAGCUCAUGUCACUCAUAGCUCAAACAAUCUCUCUUUUCAACUCCAUGGAUUUGGAUUCCCAGCCGGAGCCGUUAAGGAAUCUCAUAUCACUCAUUACUCAAGAAUUAUCUCUCCAAAACUCUAUAGAUUCUGAUUCUGAGCCAAAGCCUAAUUCACAGGUUAUGUCACUCUACUCUGAAACAUUCAAACUCAAGCCGAGACCGGAGCUCAUAUCGAUCAUCGUUCAAAUAUACAGUCUUUUCAUGUCGCCGGAGCCGGAUUUCACAGAUUCAGAUUCGGGUUCGAGUUCAGAUUCGGAGAUGGAGUCAAAGCUCAUAUCAGUCAUUUCUCAAAUACUCACAGUCGACACGGUUGUGGUAACGGGUGAGGAGUUGGAUGAGUCGCAAAAGAUGUCAAAAACGAAAUCACUUAUUUUACGUUUUAGUCAACUAAUCUCUCUUGUCAGCUCUAUGGACUUGGAUUCGGAGCCGGAGCCAGAGUCGGAGCUCAUAUCACUCAUUAAGCAAAUAAUAUCUUUCAGCAACUCAAUAUCGGAUUCAAACCAGAAAGUGUUUCUGUUGUGAGGAGGAUCUCGAAAAGAUAUUCUACUAUUGCUCGGAUUGUGAUUAUGCUAUGAAUAUAGUUUGUGCGGAAAAACCACCAGUCUUGUAUAUAGACCAUCCGAAUUGGCAUCAGCAUACACUUGCUCUCUUUCCUAGACAAGCUUUCUUAACUUGCAAUGUGUGCGCCUUGGCCGAUGCAAGCUCUCCUAUCUAUAUGUGUCCCCCUUGUGAUUUUGUGGUCCAUCUAAGAUGUAUCAACUUACCACGUGUCAUAAGGAUAUCUCGCCACCCCCAUCGCAUCUCUUUUACCCCUUUGUUCGACCAACGAGAUAGAUCUUGUGGUGUUUGUCGCGAAACUAUCGACAACGAUUUUGGGGGUUAUUCUUGCAUCAAGGAUGAUUGUUCGUACGGAGCACAUUCAAGAUGUGCCACACAAAGAAAUGUGUGGGAUGGCAUAGAGCUUGAAGGGGUGUUAGAAGAGAUUGAAGAAGAAGUUGAGCCGUUUGUGACGAUAAGUGAUGGAAUCAUACAACAUUUUAGUCAUCAACAACAUCAUUUGAGACUUGAUGAGAACAAAGACAGAGAUUACGAUGACAGUAAGCAGUGUGAUGCAUGCAUCACACCAAUCUAUUUUGGUAACCUCUACUCUUGUAUACAAUGCAGCUUCAUUCUUCACGAAGAAUGUGCGAAUUUAUCUC